UCUUGCCACCAUUCUCUUUUCUCCAUUCUUCAAGAUUUCAUCUUUCUCCCCCCCUCUCUCUCUUUCUCUCUAUCAAUCUAUCUUCCCUUCCUCAAAUCUUAAUUAGGUCAAAUAACUAAGAAGGAGAAGUUUUGUUUAUUCUUUCUUAAUUUACAAGAGAGAAAGAAGAGAAGAGGAGGAGCCAGCCAACAUUGGAUCAAACCAUACUUCCUCUGAAAUUGGAUGAUUUAAAUUUGCAAAAUGGGAAGAAAAGGGAGUUGGUUUUCUGCAGUCAAGAAGGCUCUUAGCCCUAAUCAAUCAAAGGAGAAGAAAGAAAAGAGAAAGCUAAGGACAAAAAGCAAAUUGCUUAGUCGGGAGACAAGCAAAAAUAGUACAAUUUCCGAACCAAAGCCCUCAACAGAGGAAGCAGUUGUUUCGGUGUUGGUCGAGCCAACCAGUCCAACCAUAUCAGAUAUUAUUAAGCUAACACAAGCUCAAAAUGAGCAAAACAAACAUGUAUAUUCAGUGGCUCUUGCGACCGCGGCAGCUGCCGAAGCAGCUGUAGCCGCUGCCCAAGCAGCAGCCGAGAUAGUUCGACUCACAUCCGUCGCUGGUUUCCCAAACAUGAAGCCCAUGGUUAAUGAUGAACCAGAAAUGGCUGCUGUCGAACCUCCCAAGGAUGAACCAAAAAUGGCUGCGGUUAAGAUUCAAAGUGCAUACAGAGGAUACAAAGCUAGGAUGGAAUCAAAGAGAUUGAAAGGGAUUUUGAGAUUGAAAACAAUGGUUGGAAGCAAAAGUGUGAAACGUCAAGCCAUGACCACAUUGAAAUGCAUGCAAACAUUAGCCCAUGUGCAGUCUCAGGUUCAGGCCAGGAGGAUUCAGAUGACUGAGGAGAAUUUGGCUCUCAAGAAAGAAUCGCCUGAAAGUAAUAGUAGUAGCCCUAAAUCAUGUUCUUCAAAAGAACAGAGUGUGCCAAAGAUGGUGAGCAAAUUACAUGAUCAUGUUAAUGAAGAUAUGGGUAGUCCUCAAUCUUUGAAGAAACAGAAGAUGCAAAGCAAAUUGCAUGAUCAGGCUCGUGUUAUUAAGAUUAGAGAAAGGGAACUAAAUGAUCAAGAUUGGAUCGGUAGCCCCCAAUCUAAAGAACAGAUGGAUGCAAUGAUGAUGAGCAAACAAGAGGCUGCUAUCAAAAGAGAGAGGGCCUUGGCAUAUUCAUACUCUCACCAGCAAACAUGGAGAAAUCAACCGUCAAAGAAAGAAACCCCGACGACCCAAGAUUCAAAAACACCCGAAUGGGAAUGGAAUUGGUUGGAUAAAUGGGUGAUAGGCCUACCAUGCCAAACUCAAGGCGUGUGCGAAAAAGACGAUGACCAUUCUUCAGUUCAUAGCUCAGGCAGGCAUGCAAACAAUGGUCAAAAUAGCCAUCUUCGACGCCAUUCGUGUAAUUCCUCUCCCCGUUCAAAGCCUCUAAAUGGUGUCAAAAGAACAGAAAAUACGUCCGAUAAUGAAGGAACAUCUCCUACCAAUCGAACUCACUCGAACAAUUCAUCACCAAAAUCCGUGAGGGCUAGGAAUGCGGCUCCAAGCCCUUUGGGCAAUGCAACACCAGAAAAAAAUAGACGAGCAAAUAAGUCAUUGUCGUUUUCGACAUCCUCACAUACAAGGCAUUCUAGCUUUUCAAGCACAAAGAGUAUUCCUACAAAAAAUGUCAUUAUGGUUCAAUAAGAAAUUAAAUGUUUAAU